GGAGGGAAGCGCUGCAGCGCGGCCAGCCCGGGAGAACGUCGGCUCCGGCGGGAAGGACCUUCUCCCCUCCGGGCACCUGAGAUGGCAGACAUCGGCUGAUCCGCUUGGCCGCUGCUGCUCGCCCCCCGCCACGAAGCCCAAGCACAGGAGAGCGUGGAUGUCCUGCCAGCUCUUGUCCGGCCUCGGAGGGCUUCCCUGGACGAGCGAGAAGCACGACCCGCAGCCGCCCAGAGCUUCCAGAUCCCUUGGACCGCAGCUGCAGAGGCCGGGCCAGCUUUAUUGCUCUUGUAGGAGAUUGAAAGGUGGUUCCUGAAAGGGGGGGUCCCCUCCCCACCCCUAGAAGAGAUGGGCGGGCUGGGCAAACCUUAACGCAAGGAGGCGGCCUCCCCCUUUCCACGCCAAGGCACAGCCAGAGAGGCGAUGGGAGCAGCGGACCAAAGCCGCAUUGGGAGGUUUUGCUUGGCUGGCUUCUUGCUGACGUUCUCUCUGGUGGCGCUAAGCCUGGCCUCCAAGAAGGUUGCCCCAAGGACUCCUCGGCAGACUUCCGGGGAAGAGGCGGUGGGAAGCAGGGCACCCGGCGUUUGGGGCAGCUGGGGAUCGUGGUCCUCUUGCUCGCAGCCCUGCGGCCUGGGGGUCUUGGAACGGACCCGGAGCUGCCAGUCCCCUUAUCAGCGGGACCCCUGGGCUGGGAGGACGGAUGGGGCCCCACGACCAGCAGUCCCGCAGCAGCAGAGGCCCCGCUUUGGGGAACGGACGCCUCGCCCGUCCGGACGCUGGCCGACUUCCCCUCUGCGCUCGGACAGGAACUCUUGGUCAGCCUCGUCCGUCUACGGGGGAAACCCUCACGGCUCCACCAACCGCCAUGUCCGUCAGGAGGCCGGGGCAGCUGCGGACGGAGCCCUGCCCGCCUCCCACUCUGAACCUCCGAGGGACUCCAACCCCUUCUUCGAGGCCACGCGAUCUUGGGGAACCCCCCUUGGCCGUGAAGGAUUCCCCAGCCAGCCCAGGCCUCAAAGGCCGUCUACAGCGGGGGGCUCCAGGACCCCUGCCCAGAGAGUAAUCCCAUUGUAUAAGCCGGCGAGACAGGGGGGCCGUGAGGGGGGCUCGAACCAGGAAGAGGAGCCUCUAAGAAGCUGGCCUGACGGCAGUCCACUCACCUGGCCAGCGUCUCCGAUACCGGACUCCCAGGCAGCCUGGAUGUCCCGAGUUCGAGAGACCAUCAAGCCUGGCAAAUAUGGUUAUGGCAGGGUGCCCUUCGCCUUGCCUCUCCACAAAGAGCCGGCCGAAGAGGGCACCCCCCGUUUUAAACGGCACCACGGAGAGAAGACCGGGGAGAUCCUGCCCUCCGCCGCACCCUCAUCUCUCCUUCCUGCAGCCAAAAAGGAGCAGCCCAAAUCAGCCCCCACCUCGGACGAAAAGCCUUGGACCCCAGGCAGCAUUCAGCCUGGAGCAUUCAGCCUGGAGGGCCUGGCAGGAGCCGCCUUCCCCGAGGACCCCAGGACAGCCGUGGGGCUGAACAGCAGACCUUCUGGGGAAGGGGACUCAGCAGCCCCCAGCAGCCCUCCCCAGCAGGGCCCCCCCUCUGUCCCUGCAGAGGAGCCCCUAGGCAACAUCCCCGGGGCGCCCCCAAGACCCCAAGAAGACUCUGCCUCCGCCUCUCAUGCCAGUGGGAGCAGCGUGGCAGAGGAGGGGGCUUCGGCUCCUGCCGGGGGCUCCUCUUCUCAAAGACCCUCUCCCCCUGGCAACCCCCCACCAAACCCUCAAAAAGACCUGCGCCAGGCCCCCCAAGUCCCCAGGAGCCAAGACCAAGGACCCGGAAGAGGGCCCAACCCACGGGCCACACCGGGGCGCCCCCCCCGACAACCCCCCCGACUCAGCCUGGACCCCCACCUUCCCCCCAGCCGGGCCCGUUCUCGGAACCAGAGGCAGCACCAACCUCGGAGGGGUGGCCGUGGCCCCCAACCCUCACACCACCUCUUUCUGGACCAGCCUGGGCUUCGUGGCCCCACCGAGCCCGACAUCUGGCUGCUCCAUCGAGGCAGCCCCGUCCCCUUGCACGCUGGGGGGCAGAGACCCCAGGCGGAGCCCCCCCAGUGGAACCUCUACGCCCCCGGCACCGAGACCUUCCACUGCGAGGGCGAGAGCAGGCAGUUCAGAGCCUGCAGGCAACAGCCGUGUCCUCUGGACCGUCCGGACCCCCGAGCUGUCCAGUGCGCUGCUUACAACAACCAGGAGUUCAUGGGCCGCUUUUACCAGUGGGAGCCCUUCACGGACGUGUGGGGCUCCCAGCGCUGUGAGCUGAACUGCCGUCCCCUCGGCUACCGUUUUUACGUCCGUCACACGGAGAAAGUGCAGGACGGCACUCCCUGCGAGGCUUCGUCCCAGGACAUCUGUGUGGCCGGGCAGUGCCUCACCCCUGGCUGUGACGGGAUCCUGGGAUCGAAUCGCACCCUGGACAAGUGUGGUGUGUGCGGAGGAGACCAGACCGCCUGCAAACUGGUGUUGGGCAACUACAGCGAGACCAACGUCCCCAUCGGCUACCACCGCAUCCUGCAGAUCCCAGCGGGAGCCACCCAGAUCCAAGUCCGGGAAAUGUCUCGUAGCCCCAACUAUCUGGCCCUCCGUACCCAGAACGGCAAAUCGAUCAUCAACGGAAACUGGGCGGUGAAUCCUCCCGGGCGCUACGAGGCAGCCGGCACCGUCUUCGUCUACAGUGACCGGGAGGAGGGGGAGCUCCUGACGGCUGACGGACCCACCACCAAGCCCGUAGAAUUGUAUAUGAUCUUCCAACAAGACAACCCCGGCGUGUCGUACCAGUUCUUGCUGGCUCAGCCGGAGGAUUCCCACCGCAACGCCCGGCGGCCUCAGGAGGGGUUUGGCGCUUCGGCUGCGGUGGAGCCUCCAGCUGCUAGGCCACGCCAGUUGCUUUCGGCCCCCAGACGGAGCCCUGUUUCAGCCCAGCUGCCCCCUCCCUCUGGCUCGUGGGGCAGCCCCCGUCAGGCUCCUCCCCCUCCUGCCCCAGCCAGCCAAUCACGGAGGAGCCUGGAGACUCUGCAGCGCAGCGCCCGGGUCCCACCCCUGCCGCCUCCCCCACCCCCUGUCCGGCACCCCUCUGAACCCGGCCAGGACUUUGCCUGGAGGCGGUUCGGCAACACGGAGUGCUCCGCCUCCUGCGGGAAAGGUUUCUGGCAGUCCGUCUACCGCUGCGUCUCUCGCGCUUCCCAGGAGGAAGUCGGGGAAGAAAAAUGCUACCAGAUCCCCAAACCGCUUGUGCAGGAAGAGAUCUGCAAUACGGAACCCUGCCCGGCCUUCUGGGAUGCCGGUGCGUGGUCAGCCUGCAGCACGUCCUGUGGGCCCGGAACCCAGCACCGCCAGGUCCUUUGCCGGCAGAUCUACGCCAACCGCACCACCAUGGUGCACCCUCAGCGCUGCGGCCACCUGGAGAAGCCGGACGCCACCCAGGAUUGCCAAGUGCACUUCUGCAGCCACUGGCAGGUCCAGUCCAACUGGAGCUCGUGCUCGGUCCUUUGUGGCACAGGCCACCGUACCCGCCACGUGCGUUGUGUCAGUAACCACGGAGAGCUCUUGAGGGAGACCGACUGUCCGGACAACCACCGGCCCCAGAGCAGCGAGCCUUGCAACAUGGGCCCUUGUGUGCGGAGCUGGUUUUACAGCGACUGGAGCAACACAUGCUCAGCUGACUGUGGUGCCGGCAUCCAGCGCCGUUCGGUUGUCUGUCUCUCCAGCAACGCUGAUGGGCAGGCGGACGAAGACUGCGCCACUCCGAAGCCAGCCGAUAUGAGGGCUUGUGACGGAGGGCCGUGCCAACGGGUGACUCGGUGGUACAAGGGCCCGUGGAGCUCGUGCUCGGUCGAGUGUGGCCAUGGGACCCAGAGACGGGACAUCAUCUGUGUCAGCAAACAGGGGGUGCAGUUCAGUGUGACCGAGGCCGCAGAGUGCGCCCACUUGGAGAAGCCCCCUGCUCUCCAGCCGUGCGUCGGGACGGACUGCGAGGCCCGCUGGUUUUCCACUGCCUGGAGCACAUGCUCCAGGUCCUGCAUGGGGGGCGUCCAGGCGAGAGAAGUCCAAUGUCUGACGCAGAAUAAAACCUUGAGCGCCGGCUGCCCCCUCCACCUCAAACCGGCCACCAAGCGCCCUUGCAACAGCCAGCCCUGCCUUCCCUCGCUUGAUGUGAGCUGCCGGGACAAGUACCCCAACUGUGCGGUGAUUGUGCAAGCUCGGCUGUGCGUGUAUUCCUUCUACAAAGCUGCCUGUUGCAUUUCCUGCUCACACGACUUGGAAAGGCGGCACGUGGAGGGCCCCAGCCGGUAGCAUCGGUGGAUUCAGGCCAAGGGGGUCUGCCUCCUGCCCCCUUGCUCGAACGGGGGACAGGACGGAGAAGGGGGAGGCUGGGAAGGGAGCCCCGAGCCUGGGAAAGUGUUGGUUCGCCCCAGGAGGAGAACUCGAACCCCGGACCACGGCUGACCCCCCCCCAGCAUGUCUCCCAUAAGGAAGCCAGUCUUUUGGGGGGCAUAACUUCAGCCCCACAGCAGCAGCCAAGUUUUUGCACUGGUUCCUCUCCAGCCGCAGGGAAGAGUGCAGAGCAAUGGAGCACAGAUUGGCUCAUGGGCCUUGGAAAUCCCCCGUGGCUGUGGCCCCUGAAGCUUCAGAGGAUUGGAGGCUUCGGGAACCCCUCUCCAACCCUUCCUUCUCCCUGGAAGGCCCAUGCCACGAGAGCUCCCCUGGCAUGGGCUCUCUCCCACAGGGGCACCCCGUGAGGCCAACACCGGAGGUCUGUUAUGUUUUUCCUCCUGGAACACACCAAAGUUCUUUUAAACAAAGAUUCAGGAAAAACACACUGAGAAGGGAUCCGAUCGAGGGUCCAUCUCAGGAACCGUUUCCUGAAUUUGCAAAAUUUAGUCUCUGGGAAGAAACAUCUGCAGCUCCAGAUGCAGAAACUCUCGGCAGGUUUCGCCGCAGCCUCCCCUUCCCACAACAGGAUAAAAAGACAGGGUGGGAGAAAGUGGGUGGGUGGGUUUUGAAAUGAUUCAGAGUGCCUUUUUCAUGCUGCCUUGGAGGGGGGGAAAGUGCUUUUUGGGUUUCUAAACCAGGGGUUUCCAAACUUGGUCACUUUUAAGACUUCUGGACUUCAACUCCCAGAAUUCAGCAUGGCUGGCUAGGGGAUUCUGGGAGUUGAAGUCUGCAAGUCUUAAAGUGGCCCAGUUUGGAGAAACCCCCUCCCCACAAACCAGAAAGGACAUAAACAAAUGACAGUGUUUAUCAAAGGAAAAGUUACACAGAGGAUAUGUUGUGUUAUGUUUGCGUCAUCCAUGAUGGAUAUUCCCCUCCCUUCCUUUUCUGUGUCUUUUUAGAAUGGAAACAGCCCUUUUCCUGCAGUGCAGCUAAAUCCAGCAAGUCCUUAAAUUUAGAAUAGAAUAAAAUAACUGAGUUGGAAGGGAUCUCAGAGGUCUUCUAGUCCAACCCCCUGCUUAGGCAGGAAACCCUACAUCACUUCAAACAAAUGGUUGUCCAAUCGCUUCUUAAAAACCUCCAAUAUUGGAGCAUUCACAAUUUCUGGAGGCAAGCAGUUCCGCUGGCUAAUUGUUCUAAUUGUUAAUAAAUUGUUCUAAACUGAAGUCAAGAAGUUAAAACUCCCUUUUCAGUCUGAUAUGCUACAAUAUAAAAAAUGCAGCAGCUGGACUGAAAAUCUGGUUAUCCUCACCCUGAAAAUGAGACGCUAGAGGGGGGGGGAUUUUUUGUACCUUCUUGGACCUAUAGUGGUCCCCCCUCCCCUUUGUGGCUUUUAAAACCUAAGUAGUAAGAUCAUAGCAAUGGUCCCUACAGAGUUCAGAUUAUAUAUAUAUAUAUAAAUAUAUAUAUUUUAUAUGGAGAGAAAUGUCUAUGAUAAAGCUGAAUGUAUGCCUAUUAGUUUUGUCCACCUGUUCGUCCCCUUCAUUUUUUCCCCCUGUCCAAAUCUAAUUUAUUUUUUAUUAAAGAUUAUUUGAUUUUAA